AUGCACCCUGCAGCCCCCUUUAUUGCCCCUCAAGAGAGCCAACCAUCCCUCCCCAAAGUAGGAGACUGUAGGAAGCUGCAGCCCUGAGAGUGGGCGAGCCGAAGAGACCUAGGAGGGUUCAAAAGGAGGUGGAAGGAUACAGCCACCGUCGGAACUACUUUCAGGGGGAGGUCACGUGUGUUCCUAGUUGGGGAACUUUCCAAAUUCCCACUCCCCUAUGAUAGUCUGAGAGGCAAAGGCUGCGUUUCCUUCGGCCAGAGUAUUUCCUCCUCUUGCGGUCGGCGGACCCCAGUCUCCCGGGCUGGGGCGAGAAAACAGGCUCCACCGAUCCUCCCGCCGGGGUGCUGUCAGGACUGACGCCUGGGGAGCUGGUUACACAAGCACCCUCAUCCAAGCACGUGCCCCCGCCUCCCCGCAUGCUGGACGCCGCCGCGGAUUUUUGCAAACCACCGGGCGAGGAUUCCCAAGGUGGUACCACUCCUCUCGCUACCCACAGAGCAAGCUAAAGGGCCGGGGCUUGAGAGCUCUUGCUCUGGACGGACAAACACUCACGCGUUCUCAACCGUGGGAGAAGGAGCUGGACUUUUGGGUUCGGGUGCAUCCCCCUUGCUGGUGCCCUGCUCUUUAGGCUGA